GAAAAAAGUGCGAAAAAAGUGAAGAUCUUUAACGAGCUUUUCCUCGUAAUGUAUGUAUACCUAUUCUUUGGGAUAUAAUACAUUUGAAAUCACGAUUUCUGUGGAGAAAAAUAUCGGCACUGAUCAGAGGCAGAGCAAUACAGCUCGGAUAAUAGCCAUUUUUACCUGUUCGACUAGCUUGCAGAUGUUCAACCACUUAUACAUGCAAAGGCUCUCUCAAUUAAAAAUAGUUCGACGGUGAAAGUGAAUUGAUUAUUAUUGAAGGAAGUAAUUAAAAUGCAUGUCCCGUACGUAUUCUUCUCUCAUGUACAUUAAGUUUAUCACUCUACCUCAUCAUAAACGUCUCAAAAUGUUCAUAACUAGUUAUAUCUGUAUAUGUGUUAAAAUUAACCUCAAAAUGUAUAAAACAAAUUAAUGUAUGUAUAUUAUGUGUAAAAUCUUACUUAUGGAUUGGUGUCGACAAUAUUUAUAAGGCAUUAAAGAAACACAGAGUUUCAAAGAAAGCAGAGUAAAAUCAUUUUUGGAAGGAAGAAGAAGAUAGAUAUGGAUAUUGAGAACUUGUUUCAAAACUCUUCUUCGGGGUCAAGAAGACAAGAUAAUGAAGACGAAGAAGCUCUAAGAUGGGCAGCCAUUGAAAAGCUUCCCACCUAUAAUCGCUUGAGAACAAGUAUAUUGGCUUCUGUUGUCCAAAACGAUAAUAAUGAUCUUCAUCAUGCGACCAACAACGUAGUCCAGAAAGAAGUUGAUGUCCGGAAGCUUAAUCCAAACGACAGACAAAAGUUCAUGGACACCACUUUCAAGGUCCUCGAUGAAGAUAAUGAGAGAUUCUUGAAAAAAUUGAGACAACGCAUUGAAAGGGUUCAAAUUCAAAUUCCAAAGGUUGAAGUACGAUUCGAACAAUUAAGAAUAGAAGCAAAUUGUUAUGUUGGCCAUAGAGCCCUUCCCACUCUUCUAAAUGCUUCAAGAAAUAUUGCUGAAUCAGCUCUUGGUUUGUGUGGCAUCACAUUGGCUAAGACAACAAACCUUACAAUACUCAGAAAUGUUUCUGGGAUCAUAAAGCCAUCCAGAAUGACCCUUUUGUUAGGUCCUCCAUCAUCAGGGAAGACCACCCUUUUGUUGGCUCUAGCAGGAAAGUUAGACUCAAAUCUUCAAGUUCAAGGACAAGUGAGUUACAAUGGUUAUAGGGUUGAUGAGUUUGUGGCUAGGAAAACUUCGGCAUACAUUAGCCAAAAUGAUGUUCAUCUAGGAGAUCUAACUGUCAAAGAAACUCUUGAUUACUCAGCAAGAUUCCAAGGAAUCGGUCAUCGCUUUGAUUUGUUAAGUGAGCUUACUAGGAAAGAGAAAAAUACUGGACUCUUGCCAGAUGCAGAAGUAGAUCUUUUCAUGAAGGCAACAGCAGUAGAGGGAGCCAAGAGCAGUCUAAAAACUGAUUACAUUCUCAAGCUGUUGGGACUCGAUAUAUGCAAGGACACAUUGGUUGGGGAUGAAAUGAAGAGAGGGAUUUCGGGUGGACAAAGGAAACGAGUUACAACAGGGGAGAUGAUUGUUGGACCUUCAAGAACUCUGUUCAUGGAUGAGAUCUCAACUGGUUUAGAUAGCUCCACAACAUUUCAAAUUGUCAAGUGUUUGAACCAGAUUGUCCACCUCACUGAGGCCACCAUUUUAAUGUCCCUCUUGCAGCCUGAUCCUGAGACGUUUGAUCUUUUCGACGACAUCAUUCUCUUGUCUGAGGGUCAGAUCGUCUAUCAAGGCCCUAGAGACCACGUUCUCGAGUUCUUUGAGAGUUGUGGAUUCAAAUGCCCUGAAAGAAAAGGCACUGCCGAUUACCUUCAAGAGGUUACAUCAAGGAAAGAUCAAGAGCAAUAUUGGUCACAAAUGGACAAGCCUUAUAGAUACAUAUCAGUGACAGAAUUCGCAAACAGAUUUAAGGCAUUCCAUGUUGGUCUUCAGCUUGAGAAUGAGUUGUUAGUCCCCUACAAUAAGUCACAGAGCCAUAAAGCUGCACUAGCAUUCUCAAAAUAUUCAAUUUCCAAAAUGCAGCUUCUCAAGGUCUCCAUGGACAGGGAGUGGCUCUUAAUCAAGCGAACUAUGCCUGUUUACAUCUUCAAAACUGUUCAAAUCAUCAUUGUUGCCAUCAUUGCCUCGACAGUGUUCUUAAAGUCUACACUACAUAUUUCAUACGAAGACGGCUCCCUAUACAUCGGGGCAAUCAUAUUCGCCAUGAUAGUCAACAUGUUCAAUGGUUUUGCUGAGUUAUCCAUGGCCAUCAUGAGACUGCCUGUGUUUUACAAGCAGAGGGAUCUCCUUUUCUAUCCUGCUUGGGCCUUCACCAUACCGAAUUUCCUGCUUCGAGUUCCUAUCUCAAUAUUUGAGUCUUUGGCUUGGACAGCAGUGACAUAUUACACCAUAGGCUACGCACCAGAAGCAAGCAGGUUUGCCAAGCAGCUAUUGGUAAUUUUUCUGAUACAGCAAAUGGCUGCUGGGCUAUUUAGGCUUAUGGCUGGAUUGUGCAGAACCAUGAUUGUUGCUCACACUGGGGGUGCACUUUCUCUGCUAAUAUUGUUUUUACUUGGGGGUUUCAUUCUUCCAAAAGGACGAAUUCCUGUAUGGUGGUCAUGGGGACACUGGCUUUCACCUCUUUCUUACGGUUUCAAAGCCUUAACUAUCAAUGAGAUGCUUUCUCCAAGAUGGAUGCAUAAACUGGCACCAGGGAACAUUACAAAGUUGGGUGUAGAAGUACUAGAGAAUUUUGAUGUCCCUCAUGAACAAUAUUGGUAUUGGAUUGGUGUUGCUGCUCUUUUGGGGUUCACUAUUCUCUUUAAUGUUUUGUUUACCUUUUCACUUAUGUACCUAAAUGCUUUUGGGAAACCACAGGCAAUCAUAUCCGAAGAUGAUACCAAUAAGGAAGCUAACCAAGUGAAGUCUCAAAUGAAAGAAAUGCAACUCCUAGAUGGGAAAAGAGGAAUGGUUCUUCCAUUUAAACCAUUAUCAAUGUCAUUUGACAGCAUAAACUACUAUGUGGAUAUGCCCCCAGAAAUGAAGGAACAUGGUGUGACAGAGAACAAGCUACAGUUGUUGAGAGAAGUCACUGGAACAUUUAGGCCUGGAGUCUUGACUGCUUUUAUGGGAGUUAGUGGAGCAGGGAAGACAACACUCAUGGAUGUUCUAGCUGGAAGAAAAACUGGAGGAUAUAUUGAAGGAGAUAUAAGAAUCUCAGGCUUUCUUAAGAAACAAGAAACUUUUGCAAGAAUUUCUGGUUAUUGUGAACAAACUGAUAUUCAUUCCCCACAAGUGACAGUCAAGGAGUCCUUAAUUUACUCUGCCUUCCUAAGACUUCCUCAAGAAGUCAAUGACAAGCAAAAAAUGGCGUUUGUGGAAGAAGUGAUUGAACUUGUGGAACUUAACAAUCUCAAGGAUGCCAUAGUUGGGCUUCCAGGAAUCACUGGUUUGUCCACUGAACAGAGGAAGAGACUAACAAUAGCAGUGGAGCUUGUAGCUAAUCCUUCAAUCAUAUUCAUGGAUGAGCCAACUUCAGGCUUGGAUGCUAGAGCAGCCGCCAUUGUAAUGAGGACAGUGAGAAAUACUGUGGACACAGGAAGAACCGUUGUUUGCACCAUUCAUCAGCCUAGCAUUGAUAUCUUUGAAGCCUUUGAUGAGCUUCUACUUAUGAAGAGAGGAGGACAAGUCAUCUAUUCAGGUCCAUUAGGCCAGAACUCUCAAAAAGUUGUUGAAUAUUUUCAAGAAAUUCCAGGACUGAUUAAAAUUAGAGACAAACAAAAUCCAGCAGCCUGGAUGCUUGAAGUAAGCUCAGAAGCAUCUGAAGUUAGGCUUGGUAUUGAUUUUGCUGAGCACUUCAAGUCAUCAUCUUUGUACCAGCAAACCAAGAGUCUAGUCAAAAACUUGAGUUGUCCAGGUGAAGGAGCUACAGAUCUCCAUUUCCCAACUCAGUACUCCCAAUCCACAUGGGGACAGUUCAAAUCUUGCUUAUGGAAGCAAUGGUGGACUUACUGGAGGAGCCCUAACUAUAAUUUGGUUCGAUACUUUUUCACCUUUGUUGCUGCUCUAGUGCUUGGUUCAAUCUUCUGGCAAGUUGGAACCAAAAGGGAGGACACGACAGAUUUGACCAUGAUGAUUGGAGCCAUGUAUGUAGCCGUGUUGUUUGUUGGGAUCAAUAAUUGCUCAACUGUGCAACCUGUUGUGGCUAUUGAGAGAACAGUUUUCUACCGAGAAAGAGCUGCUGGGAUGUACUCAGCUCUCCCCUAUGCCCUGGCCCAGGUGAUUGUUGAGAUACCAUACAUAUUUGUUCAAACUACAUAUUAUUCUGUUAUAGUGUAUGCAAUGGUGAGCUUCCAAUGGUCACUACCAAAGUUCCUCUGGUUCUUCUUCAUCUCUUUCUUCUCCUUUCUCUACUUCACCUACUAUGGAAUGAUGACCGUAUCAAUCACACCAAAUCACGAAGUCGCCGCCAUUUUUGCAUCAGCAUUUUAUGCAUUCUUCACUUUAUUUUCAGGCUUCUUCAUUCCCAAAUCAAUGAUUCCCAAGUGGUGGAGAUGGUAUUACUACAUUUGCCCCUUGGCAUGGACAGUAUAUGGAUUGAUUGUGACACAAUAUGGGGACAUAGAAGAGACUAUAAAGGUAGCAGGGACCACACCCGACCCGACUGUCAAAUGGUAUGUUGAAAAUCAUUUCGGGUAUGACCCGAAUUUUAUGGGGCCCACAGCGGCUAUUUUGGUUGCUUUCGGUGCCUUUUUCGCCCUCAUGUUUGCGGUAUGCAUCACCAAGUUGAACUUCCAAAACAGGUAGAUAGAACUAAUUUGCCUUGCCCCACCAUUACCAUAGUUUUUUUUGUUUUUUUAGUAUCUCAUAGGAAAGAAGUGGUGUAAUUGGAUUUUGUUUCAAUAGUAUAUAACAUUCUUUAAAAAAAAAUCCGGAUAUUACAAUAAUCGCGGGUGGACGAGUUUUAGAUUUAAAUUAGCUGUUGGCUCAAAAAAAAAAGAAAAACUAUUAUAAUAUUGGAUAUUUUUGAGCUUUUAUUUUUGGUAUGUAAAUGUAUAUUUUUAUCAGAAAUUUGUUAAAUAAAUAUUUUUUAUGGAUCUUAUUAA